GUUAAAACAACAACAAAAAAAUCGCUCAUAAUUAGAUAUCUCUCCCGCAGGCGCACUCAUCAGUUUGUUUCCAACUCUGGGUAGAAACUUACUGAGCAACGUUGCUCAGUAAGUUUCUCUGAAGUUGAUGAGAAAAUUGCUUACCAAAUUUAGUAAAACUUCGUGUAAAAGUGUUUUGUAGUGUUUGAAUUGUAUCUUACAUAUGUGGUUAAGCACCAUGAAAACUUGCAGGAGAUUAUCUCAGCUACUCCUGAGUCUGAUUUGCAACGGAUUACUCCCAGUUCUUGGGACUCAAAAAGGGGAAGCCCUGCCUGAAGUGACUGGAAUUAUUGGUCAUGAUGUCCUCCUGCCCUGCUAUUUAACUCACAAACCAAACAGCCACAUUAUUCAGAUUCAGUGGACUUUCCUGGAGCCAGAUGGACAAAAAACUACGGUUGUUGUUUUGAACAGUGAACACGGACAUAAUAUUUCUGAAUCUCCUUUGAAGGAGAGAGUGCAGACCGUAAAUCACUCGUUGCAAAUUAAUAAGGUGGAGAAGACAGAUGCAGGGACAUAUGUCUGCACCGUUAUCACCUUUCCUGAUGGUCCAUUUGAAAAAAAAAUCCAACUUGUUGUUGAAGAACAGACUAAGUGGUCAGUGUUGAUUAUUUCAGUUAUCACCACUGCUGCUCUGCUGCUGUUUCUGAUCCUGGCAGUUGUGGCUUACAUCAGCAUCAGCAGAAGAUGUGAUUCUGGAGUCAGGCUUUCAGUCAGCAUCGAGAAGCUCAUGAAAUAG